GGGCAACGGACAUGGCUGGGGGAGGUGGUAGGUGGUAACUUGAGUGGUGGGAGGCCCAGGGAGGGGAGGGGCCAUACAAGAACUCGAUAGAAACUUAAGGUGCCUCGCUCGUAUGGUCCAGUCACAUCGCGACUGACCGCUCCAUCAAGUCUCCACCUCGAACUCGCUUUUCCUCCUCUUCCUCCACCACUUCUUCUCCUCCCUCUCUUCUUCUUCUUCCUCUCCUCCUUUCUACUGUAAUAAUAAAGACGACACCUACGCCUGCGCACGUCGUCCGCACCUCUGUACCCUCUCGACAGCAAUGGUCUGAGGACCCCACCGCCAUGUCGUCGCCCGCGCCCGCGCCCGCGACAUCACCAGAACAUCCGCAUACACCGCCUCUAGCCACCCGCUCCAACCCAAACCUUCGCCGCUCAUAUACCAACUCUUCACGACCAACCACCGCACCCAGCCAUAGCCACUCCCACUCGACCUCCAGCAAUGUCGCUGAUGGCAUAGAAACGCUCUUCACCAGCGCCUCGGCCAAAAUCAUCUCCUUCACAGCCUCGUCCGGUCGGCUCGCCGUAUCGCCGUCACGCCGGCGCAAUGCUGCCAUUAAGACCGAACCUCUUCCCUGGACCACCAUCACCGAACGUACCCUUGCAGUUGGCGUAUUGCAGAUCUAUCGCGUGACGUCCUCAAACGUCUCGUUCCUCAACUCUGGCAAUCUGCUCCAUACCAUCUUUCCCAAGUCGCAAUGCUGGUGCGUCGAUGCAGACUCGACUUUCGUACUCAGGGUCCGCAUGGAAUCUUACUAUCGCAUCGAGCUGCCAUGCGAGACCGAGGAGGAUAGGGAAAAGGCGGAAGAGUUCAAGUCAGUGCUCAGCCAGGUGCUCCAGUAUGAGAAGACGCCCUGCCCGUUCAGACGGGGAUACGAAGAGGAGAUAGAGGCUGAGGAACAGCCAAAGACACCCCAAUCACGACUGCAUAGGAAAGCGCCAGAGAGGGCAAAGAAGUGGCUAUUCGACAAGACCUGGGUCCCGGAAGAUGGCCCGAGGCCGACCACACCCUCGGACUCUGGUGCUAGUCCUUCUACACGUCCUCGAGUGAGACGUGCUCCUCCUGAGGAGGUGCCAGAGAUGAUAGAAUCGCCAAAAUCGGAACCCAUGCAUUCACCUUCUGUCCGUGAACGAGCCCUUACGUUCCAGGGAUUGCGUGCAUUCACUCUCCGAGGACUGCGUACACCAUCGGGACUUGGAAAGAUCUCCUGGCCACCUGUAGGGCCGGCAGAGCCAGAGUCGUCGCCAGACGAGAUUGGUGGGUCUAAUGUUCAGGAAUACGUUAGCAGGUUCAGCAAAUCCUUUGGCAACCUCAGCAUGAUGUCCAGCAAGGAUUCCUUCCAUUCGAUCGAGUCACCUGGCCAGGAAACACCUUCGCCUCCCUAUGUGGAUGCUGAAACCGACUUGAUCAAUCCAUGGGCUGAAGAUCCCGAUUCGGAGGGCUUUCAGAGAGGAAGAGGCCGUCAUCGACGCCAGGUAUCGGCACUCACCAUUCGUGCACAGUCUUCCGAGCCAGCAUUACCUUCUCCCUGCACGCCUGUCAUGAAUGUUUACCCAGGCCUCUCUCCUUCUCCUGGUGGUCUCCUGUCGUCACCGCCGUCAACCCCUCCCCUUGUUAGCGACUCGGACGAGGACAGCGUAGAGCCGGCACAAAUGGAUGUGCUUACUCCUCCGAGUGCUAUCCGCAUGAGGAAGCUCACUGGAGCGACUCAGAGGCGAGCUUUCUCUCCCAUGCCCCACCCCCAGAAUUUGUUCCGACCCUCCCUCCGCCACCCCACGAAGAGGCUCACCUCGGAACUGAUGCGCAGGACCUGCGAAUUGAUCCUCGGACCACCAGCACAUCUGGUGUUGCUCAUGUUGCGAAUUGCAUCCAAGAUAUCCAACUUCGGCUUCAACACCUACAAGAUCCGAGCUUCGGGCCAGAAGAAGUUCCCCGGAUCGUGGGAGUCGAGCGAGGAAAGCGAGUGGGACGAGGACGACUUCGGCAUUCCUCUGGAUAACCUCGAGGGCGUCCGACGGCGAAGGCACAUGGGCGAGGUCGACUAACGGGACCAACGGGACCAACGAACGAAACACGCAUGAUUUGUUCUCUUUUUUCUUCUCCUGCUUCUUCAUGGAUUGAUAACUUUUGAAGCCAGCCAGCACAGCUUAUCGACGAUGAUACCAAGACAACACGUUUUUUGUAAUUUGCAUGAUUACGGUCCAGAGGGGGCAGGUUCCACUCGGUCGGUCGGUUUUAACGGAUUAUGGUUCUUUCACGG